CACACACACACACACACACACAGAGACGGACGCACACAGCGCUGGAUUGGACACGAAAUGGAGGCUAAGGCUAUCUGCUUUGUGUAUAGCAGGACAUGUAAAGAGAUCCGCGCCCAGCUGGUGGAGCAGCUGCGCUGUCUGGACCAGCAGUGUGAGCUGAGGGUGCAGGUGCUGCAGGACCUGCAGGACUUCUUCCGGAAGAAGGCCGAGAUCGAGAUGGACUACAGCCGCAACCUGGAGAAGCUGGCCGAGCGCUUCCUCACCAAGACCCGCAGCACCAAGGACCACCAGCUCAAGAAGGAGCAGAGUGUGUUGUCUCCAGUGAACUGCUGGAACCUGCUGCUGGUUCAGGUGAAGAGGGAGAGCAGGGAUCACGCCACUCUGUCAGACCUCUACCUCAACAACAUCAUCCCUCGCUUCGCCCAGGUCAGCGAGGACUCUGGACGCCUCUUCAAGAAGAGUAAAGAAGUUGGUGUGCAGCUACAAGAGGAUCUGAUGAAAGUUCUUAACGAGCUCUACACAGUGAUGAAGACCUACCACAUGUACAACACAGACAGCAUGAACGCUGAGUCCAAGCUGAAGGAGGCGGAGAAGCAGGAGGAGAAGCAGAUGGGCCGCUCUGGUCGCCAGGACGACAGGCAGACGCCGCGGUCACCUGACACCCUGGCCAACGUGAAGACUGAGGAGAAACACGUCAGGCGCUCCAGCGUCAAGAAGAUCGAGAAGAUGAAGGAGAAGAGGCAGGCCAAGUACACAGAGAACAAGCUGAAAGCCAUCAAGGCCAGGAAUGAGUAUCUCCUGGCCCUGGAGGCCACCAACAGCUGUGUCUUCAAGUACUACAUCCACGAUCUCUCCGACAUCAUAGACUGCUGUGACCUGGGCUACCACGCCAGCAUGCACCGUGCCCUGCGGACCUACCUGUCUGCUGAGCUCAACGUGGAGGCGUCCAAGCACCAGGGUCUGGAGGGCCUGGAGGGGGCGGCAGAGAGCCUGGAGCCCAGCGGAGACAAGCAGAGACUGAUGGAGACCUACAACAACGUCUUCUGCCCCCCCGUCCGCUUCGACUUUCAGUCCCACAUGGGAGACAUGAUGGGUGUGGUGUGUGCCCAGCCGCCCCUGGAGGGAGAGCUGCUCCAGAGGUGUCAGCAGCUGCAGUCUCGCCUCUCCACCCUCACCAUAGAGAACGAGGAGGUGAAGAAGACCAUGGAGGCCACUCUCUGCACCAUCCAGGACAUGGUGACGGUGGAGGACUAUGAUGUCAGCGAGUGUUUCCACCACAGCAACAGUAUGGAGUCUGUCAAGUCCACCGUCAGCGAAUCCUAUCUCAGCAAGCCCAGCCUGGCCAAGCGACGGGCCAAUCAGCAGGAGACUGAGCAGUUCUACUUCACGAAAUUGAAGGAGUUUCUGGAGGGCAGGAACCUGAUCACUAAACUGGAGGCCAAGCAUGACCUCAUCCAGAAGACCCUGGGAGAGAGUCAGAAGACUGACUGUUGCCUUGCCAGCGGAAGGAGGAACUCCGCUGUGCGGAAGCAGGACUCGGGUCAGGUCAUCCCUCUGAUGGUGGAAAGCUGCAUCCGCUUCAUUAGUCGCCAUGGUCUUCAGCAUGAGGGCAUUUUCAGGGUGUCCGGCUCUCAGGUGGAGGUCAAUGACAUCAAGAAUGCCUUUGAGAGAGGUGAGGAUCCGCUGGCGGGCGAUCAGAAUGAUCAUGACAUGGACUCCAUCGCUGGCGUUCUAAAGCUCUACUUCAGAGGGCUCGACCAUGCCCUCUUUCCCAAGGAAGUCUUCCAUGACCUCAUAUCCUGUGUCUCGAUGGAGAGUCUUCAGGAAAGGGCGGUACACAUCAGGAAGGUUCUGAUGUCGUUGCCCAGCAACACGCUCAUUAUCAUGAGAUACCUGUUUGCUUUCCUCAACCACCUGUCCCAGUACAGUGAGGACAACAUGAUGGACCCCUACAACCUGGCCAUCUGCUUUGGCCCCACACUCAUGUCUGUCCCCGAGGGCAACGACCAGGUGUCCUGCCAGGCCCAUGUCAACGAGCUCAUCAAGACCAUCAUCAUCCACCACCAUGGCAUCUUCCCAGGGGCCCGCGACCUCCAGGGGCCCGUAUACAUACACCCAGGGGCCACCGAGGACUACUGUGAGAAUCCCCAUGGUGAGCCCCCCCUGGUGGUGGAACCUGCCCCUGAAGCUGGCUCUGAAAUCCACAACACUGAUGAUGGCUCCUUGGUCAUUUCAGAAUCGGACCCAAUCGAGGCCAUUGCUCGCUUCGACUACUCAGGACGGACCAAUCGGGAGUUGUCGUUUAAGAAGGGCGCGUCUCUCCUUCUGUUCCAAAGAGCUUCAGAAGAAUGGUGGGAGGGGAGACACAAUGGGAUGGACGGGCUGGUGCCUCACCAGUACAUAGUGGUGCAGGACAUGGCUGAUGGAGGCAGGGGCAGUCCCAGGGCUGAUGGGGAGACCAGGGAGAUGCUGGAGGAGAGGGUGUCCACUAGGGUCAUUGCUGCCUCUCCUACUGGAGCACACGUAGCUGAUAUCUACCUGGCCAACCUCAAUAAGAUGAGAAAGAGACCAGAGUCUGGAAGUAUACGUAGAACCUUCCGGGGCUCUGAGAGCGAGUGCUCUUCUCCCGGGGCUGCGGGUGGGGGUGUGAGGACCGCCUCUCUUCCUGUGGGAGGGGCUCUGGUGAAGGAGGGCGGAGACAAACGACCAGUCAGCGCCCACAGCAUCCUCAACUCUGUGACUCGACACUCCUCCCUCAAGACCAAGGUGGAGAGCCCGCAGUUCCGCAAGGCAACCACAGCAGGGCGCUCUAAGAGCUUCAGUAACCACAGACCUCUGGACCCUGAGGUUAUAGCCCAGGUGGAACACAGCUCCCAGGACAUAGAGGCAGCGAUGAGCUCUCCCCUGACUGAGCUGAGAGAGCUGGAGAGACAGAGCGGUGCCAAGCAUACCCACACCCCCGACGUGGUCCUGGACACCCUGGAGCAGCUGAAGGGUGUGUGUGGUGGGGGAGGGGGCGGGGCUUCUGAGCCCUCCAGUCCCCUCCACUCCCGUCUGCUGCGGGACAGCGAGGGGGGGUCCGGCCACGCCCACCCCCUCCAACGCAGCGCGUCCUCAGCCAGCGACGUGCCCUCCUCCUUCCGGCCCUCCAAGAGCCAGCCCAGGAGCCCCCUGCCCUCCUCCACCUCCCCCUCUCUCUCCUCCUCCUCCCUCUCCUCCUCUGUGCCCUCCUUCAGGGAGGUGCGCCCCCCGGCCACGAGGCCCAAGCCUGUGGUCUUCCCCAAGGGAGGGGGCGGUGGGGGCAGCCCGGCCAUGGGCUCCCCCACCUCCACGGUGCCCCCCACCCCUCCCCCUCCGCCCCCCCCGCACUCACACUCUCUGUCCCACACGCCUCCGCCCCCUCAGGCUAACGACAAGUCCUGCCCAGUCUAGGACCCUCCCGCACCCACCAGCCCCCAUCAAAACUACACCCCUCGACCACACCUCACCCACCCUCACCUUAACCACUGACAGGACCAGAGAUCAAAUCACAUUGGAUUUAUAAAGCUUUCUCAAGCGAGCACAGCACUUCACUUUGCAACGCCUCAUCCCCCCGCCAAUCUGUAGCACCUAGAUAAGAGUUUAAGUCUCAACUCUAUGCUUAUCCCCCUCCCAGGACUAGCAUGACUCUAACCUGCCCUCUCCUGGCAGCUCCUGUUUCUGCAUCUCCCCUCGGACCUCCAGACUCACACACACACACACACACACACACGAGGGAGUCAGCCUCAGGAGGGACAGAGCCAUGGCACCUGUACAUACCAGUGUGGGAUUCUUGAGUGAGUGUGUGAGUGCAAUGUGUGUCCAAUCUCUACCUUACGCACAGAUUGGUAGUGAAAUGAAUGACUGUGGUGUUUGAACAGAUUCAAACAAAGCAGGAAUAUCCCUUCUCCCAUGGCAUCCUUAACCCUUUGAGGACUGGACCUGGAUGAAGGUGGACCCUGACCGGGAACACUGACUGUGAAGACAGAGCUCACCACACACUCACCUUUUUGAGCUCACCAUGAAUGAGCACUUUCAGCUCACUGACUCGCUGCUUCUAAGGGGCAAGACUGGAUGAACCAGCCUGGAGAGAAAAAAAAAAAAAGGUAUCCUUGCUGACAGAAUAAUGUCUGGAAAGAGGAUGGAGAAAGAGACUGAAGGACGCUGGUGAAA